UCUCUAAUUUGAUUUGCCUGCCUUGGUAAUGCACUUCUCCACGUCGCCGCAAGUUUCGGCUGCACGGUGCCCACUCCGUGCUUCCCGCACCUCCCUCCCGUUCUCCCCCUUUCUCCCUGGCGAUGUGCUGCUGCGCACCCUGAACGGCCCUCUCUGCUCGCUCUGCUCCUUUCCUCGCCGCGUCUGGCGCCUGGCCGCGGGCAGAUCGCGGGAGUGAUGGAGGCGAGACCCAGCGGCGGCCCGCCUGUGCACGGCGAGGCGCGGGGCGGCGGGGUGUCAGAAACCGAGCUGAUGAUGCGGAUGGCGGGCGUGCUGACGACCGCGCAGAUGGCGCUCGCGCAGAUGGGCGCGCUGUGCCGCGCCGCCGCUGACGGCGCGGAAAUCCCCGCGUCCGCCAUGGGCGGGGUGCUGGCGGACCUCGCCGCGUUCUCCUCCGCCGACCCCGCGCAUCUCGAAGCCGUCGCGCGCGCCAUGGACGCCCACUCGCCCGCCGACGCGACGGCUGCGACGGCUGCGUCGGCUCCCUCCAAUAUGGCCGCGCUCGUCGGCAUCGUCGCAGCUACCUUCGCGAAUGCAUCACCCGCCGUGGAUGCUGCGACUGCUGCGACUUCUCCCGUGGCUCCCCCCACGGCUGAGCCGGCAGGGAGCGGUGAGAGUGCAAUGCGCGAUGAUGCGGAGGAGGAGGCGGAGGAGGAGGUAGAGGGGGAAGCGGAGGAGGAGGCAGAGGGGGAAGCGGAGGAGGAGGCAGAGGGGGGAGCGGAGGAGGAGGUAGAGGGGGAAGUGGAGGAGGAUGUAGAGGGGGAAGCGGAGGAGGAGGUAGAGGCACAAGAAACGGUAGUGGUGGGGGAUGGGGAAGAGGAGGUAGGCAACGACGAAGGAGUAGAGGAGGGUGAAGUGGACGAGGAGGAGGAGGAAGAGGAGGAAGAGGAGAAGGGAGAGGGGAAGGAGGGAGGGCAUGGGGGGGGUGCAGCAGUGGGUGAGGAGGAAGAAGAGGCUGAGCGGGCAGAGGAGGCGACGGAGGCCCACAAGGGCGAGGAGGAGGAGGAGGGUGAGAAGGAGGGUGAGAAGGAGGGUGAGAAGGAGGGUGAGAAGGAGGGUGAGGAGGAGGGUGAGAAGGAGGGUGAGAAGGGGGGGGAGAAGGGGGUUGAGAAGGGGGGUGAGCAGGAGGGUGAGAAGGGGGGUGAAGAGGAGGGUGAGGAGGAGGGUCAGAAGGAGGGUGAGAAGAGGGUUGAGAAGGAGGGUGAGAAGGGGGGUGAGAAUGAGGGUGAGAAGGGGGGUGAGAAUGAGGGUGAGAAGGAGGGUGAGAAGGAGGGUGAGAAGGGGGGGGAGAAGGGGGUUGAGAAGGGGGGUGAGCAGGAGGGUGAGAAGGGGGGUGAAGAGGAGGGUGAGGAGGAGGGUGAGAAGGAGGGUGAGAAGGAGGGUGAGAAGGGGGGUGAGAAGGAGGGUGAGAAGGGGGGUGAGAAGGAGGGUGAGAAGGGGGGUGAGUGCAACCAGGGGGAUGUGGCUGAAGCUGCUGGUGCGGAUGCUGACAUGUCACUGGGCGCUGCUGACAAGGUGGGCGAGACGGAUUUGAGCACAGGGGCUGCGAGGGCGAGUGGCAAGAGGAAGAAACGGAAGCAGGUGAUGCCGGUGGCAGACGCAUCCUGGGCCGUCACCAGCCAGGCCUCUGCUGCCCUCACCACCACGCAAGGUGCUGCUGGUGCCGCCAGUGCAAGUGCAGUGAGUGGGGAAGGAGCGCGUGGUGCUGCGGGCAAGCACUCCAAGAGGAGGAGGAUGAAGAAAGUGCUGUGAGGCAAACUGGGGGAUGCAGGGUGUUAGAGCUAGGAAGACUACCAGGUACCGUAUUCGCCCGGAUAGAAGGGUCUUGUCCAAUACCCCCUAAGAAUUUGGAGGUUUGUCUUAUAAACGGAAGGAAUAAGGGGUCUUAUAAUUCUU